CAACAUCGUACAGCUAACGGGAAUGGCUCUCUGUCCUCAACAACACAACUCGCUGGGAGCGCACCGAAAAGGGACGUAACUCAAACCUAACCAUAGGUGGCGUUGUUAGUUAUGGCGACCAACAGACUACAACAUUAUUUCAACGGGUCUGAGUUUUGCUGUUAUAACUGCUGAUGUAUGCUGUGAUGGAACUGUAGUGGAAGCUGAUCUUUGUUCGGAAUAUAAUCAUCAUUAGCCAUGACAUCACGCAACACAGCACGCGGGGAAGCUCUACCCCUCUCAACGUUCGGGAAACGGGGCGGGGAGGAAGAGAAUACCCACGUUGUGACCAAUAGUCUCUAUGCGAAUCCGUGGAAAAAUCCACCAAACCGAAAUGGCACACCAGAUGGUGGCACUUCGGAGGAGCGGCUUCGUUUCCUUCCGCCACCAGUAAAACUUGACCCAGGUUGGGAGGCAACGGAUCGCAACCCUGAUGAACUCAACUUCCGCCUUCAGACUAAAGUGGAAGAACUAGAAAAACGGCAGCCAUCGGACAGGUUUUUCCUUGUUUACAUUAUAAUGGUUAUUCAUGGGUUAGCAAUCCUGAUGCCUUGGAACAUGUUCAUAAAUGCCAAAGCUUAUUUUGAGAAUUACAAGUUAAAUUCAACAGAUGUCUCAAAUGAAAGAGUAGUUGAGUACAGUAAGAACUUCAUGAGCUAUGUGGGAAUCUUCUCCCAUGUGCCCAACGUCUUGAUGAGUGCGUUCAACCUCUUCUGUCAAUGGCCAGAAGCUUUCUUCUGGAUCACUAUGGCAUCUGUAGCAGUUUUAAACAUGGCAUGUGGCAUAUACCAGAACAGCAUGUAUGGUGUAGCAGCCAAUCUGCCCAUGAAAUUCACAAACGCCAUCAUCCUUGGAAAUAAUGUAUCUGGAACUUUAGUUGCUGCCUUCAAUAUUAUAUGCAUUGUCAUUGCGCCAAACAUCAGGACUUCAGCCAUCUACUACUUUGUGACAGCCAUAGUGUGUCUCCUCAUUGCAUUUGAUGCAUACUACAUCUUGCCAUUAACUAGAUUUUACCGUCACUUCAAAACGCUGGUGAAGUUGAAGAAAGAAGCAUCUCCUUCUCAGAACCAGAGAGAGUCCUGUGGUCAGACGAUCCGUAGAUACUGGUCUGUGUUCAAAGAGAUCUGGGUGUUGAUACUCUGUGUGUGGUUUGUGUUCUACGUGACAUUGAUACUCUUCCCUGCCAUCCAGAGUGACAUUGAGAGAAUCCACUUCCCCAUUUCAGAUACCUAUUUCAAGCCAAUCUUCUGUUUCCUUAACUUCAACUUCUUUGCUUUACUUGGAAACAUAACAACUGAAGUGGUCAAAGUGCCUGGACCUCGCUUUGUGUGGAUUCCAAUCCUUAUCCGUGGGCUGUUCUUCAUCCCAUUCUAUAUGCUGUGUAACUUUCGCCCAGAAGUUCGCACGAUCCCUGUCCUCAUCAACAAUGACUAUGUUUACAUCAUCGGUGCAGCUUUGAUGGCAUUCACCAGCGGCUACUUCAGCAGCUUGUGUAUGAUGUAUGCACCAAAGUAAGUACAAGGGAAAAUCGCGGGCACUGCUGGAAUGAUGAUGGCAUUCUUCUUAGUUCUUGGCAUUUCCUGCGGGAUCAAUUCCUCACUGGGACUUGUCAAACUAGUUGAGAUGUUUUAAGUUCAGAUCCAAGGAACAUCACGGUAAUCUGCUGGGUUAUCAUGUCAGUUUGGAAGCACAAUUACCUGCAUUAACACUUCAUGUGGUAACGGCCCUUCAGUUGUAUGUCCAACAGCCAUCAUAUGGGAAUCAUCGUUCAAAGGGAGAUUGACAAACAUGGUUUUACUGUAUAACAAACUGCUUUGAAAGGUUGUUUAAGGUGUAUAAGUCUGGAGUUGGCUUCAGCAUCUGUGAGGAGAUAUACCAGCUGAUCUAUACAGCAUAUUGAAACUGCUUAAGAGAAGGGUAUGUCCCAUGUGUUCAUCUCUUUGAAGAAGAUGGUGAAAUGAGGAGCCGGACUAAAUAUUUUUUCAUUGGACUCAUCAUUGGUAAGUCCUACAGUGUGGCGUGUGGAGUUCACUCUCAUCCUCUCAAAUGCAUAACAUUCCUCACGGAUAUCAUUCACAUUAUACCGGAUGCUACGCAUUUUACAAAUGAAUUAUGAACUGUAUGUAACAGUUUGUUCUCAUAUUUUGAGAACUGAUAGCAAUUAAUGAUGUAUUAUGAUUCAGUGAUUGAGAAACAGAAGUGUACUGAAAUAUGAAUGAUUUGAAAAAUCAAUAUCCACCAUAUUAAAUUGGUGAAAAGAAAAGAAAGGUCCUGUACAACAUACAUUAAAAGAAGACUGAAGAAUAACCAGUUGAAACUUUUGGCAUUCACAAGUACUGUAUCAACAGUUCAGAAAGCAGACAGUGACGUGUAUGUGAAUAACUCUGCCAUGACCUGCUAUUAUAGUCUGUCAUCAUCUGCUGUCAUGUCAUCUCAUAAGUGAAAGUUAUGAAAUCUAUCUGUACCAGCGCCAGUACGAGUUCAUUAUACAUUCUUGUCUGUAAACUAUUUCCUUAGACUGUUUGGUAUGCUGCUGAAUCCCGGAAAUAUACUCAAUAGUUUUUGCAUGUUUUUUUGGGGGUCAUAUAUUAGUCAUUCUCUUUUUGUCAAGGGUAAUGUUCUUGACAUGCCGCUUGUUUUUAACUGAUGGCCAGUAUAAAGAUGUUUUGCAGUGAAGUAGAAUAGUGUAAGAAUACAUUUGGGUUAGGGUUGCUGGAAAAGUUACUAUAUAUUUCACACACAGCAGGACGAUAUGGACAGUGUAUGAACAUGUCUAUUCAUUUCUAAUGAUACUGAGAGCCAAGUUAGAAUUGGUCUUCAGCAACUCAUACUUGUCAUAAGGGGCGACAUACAAGAUUGGGUGGUCAGGCUUGCUGACUUGGUUGACACAUGCUAUUGUAUCCCAACUGUGUAGAUUGAUGCUCAUGUUGUUGAUCACUGGAUCGUCUGAUCUAGAGCCGGUUAUUUACAGACGCCAUCAUAUAGCUUGAAUAUAUAGCGGCGUUAAACAACAAACAAACAAUGAAAGCUAAUGAUAUUGUCAGAUGAAGGGGAGAAUGAAGAGAAACAAGCUGAAUAUGUUCCAGUACAAUGAUGACCACAUUACAGAGUUAGUAUUACAAAGUACUGCUGUUGAUGUUUUGAUGACACUUGAUGUUUUAAGAUUACAGUGACUACAAUAAUCUUACCGGACACUUUUUCAAAACCAAACAAACAGCAUUUUUGUUUAAAGAUUCAAAAUAUUACACUUCUCUAUUCUGCAUCUGCUCUUGUUGGACGUUAACAAUCAGUGGCCAUACCAACUGGGUAAUUGAGAUGUGUCAAUACACUCAUAUUUUCAACAUGUUUGAAAUGUUUCAGAGUGCAUUUCAUUGUCAUGUGAUUUCAUUUGGCAUUUUUGAAAAUGUUGGCUGAAUGUCUUCUGUUAGAGAGUUAUGAAGACGGACACAGGAUUUUAUAAUUUAUCACAUGGAUCGUUUAUAAUUGAAGUUGUUUUUUGCCAUGAAGUGUGAUAAGUGUUUGUUGAACUUUUUUAUGGUGAAAUGAUUAUGUUAUAUUUUUAGCAAAUUCCUGGUGUUUUUGUGUGUAUAGAAUACACGCAAACUGGAAUAUUUAUGAACUUGUAUUGCUAGUCUAAAAUUUUAACUGCUUUAAAUACACUUAAGUAAAAUCAAAUCUGUAUUUUCUCAAAUAUAUGCUCUCUUAAAUAUAUUUAUUCAUAUAUCUGAGAUAUAUCAUUGUAGCACAUUGUUGACAGAUUUCACCGUUUUGAAAAUAUGUGAAAAUGUUUUUACAGUUGUAACACAUCACAUUAUUUAGUAAUAUAACCACUGUUUAUCACAAAUGUUCCUAAAUUAAUAUGGAAGAUACUUCAACUCAGUUUCAGUUGAAGUAGCCAUGACAAGCCAUGAGAUAUGAAAUGAAAUUAAUCUGUGCCAACAACAAUGCACCAUGAGGGCAUUUAUGGGUUUUAUCUCUUAUUUUGUCUGUUACUUUCUUGUUCCUUGUAUAAUAUCAGAUGCUUAUGCUGUUGAUCACUGGAUUGUCUGGUCCAGACUGGAUUAUUUACAGACCGCUGCCAUACAGUGUCAUUUAACAACAAACAAACCAAAAUUAUAAUGUCAUAUAUCAUGUUGGUUGAGUCGAAGGAAUGGUGUAACAUAGUGUUGUAGGAUGAUUGGAGAUGUUUUGUUUAGAAUCGGACUGUCUCUGAGGCAUGGACUGCACAGUCAUCUGAUCUUUGGGCAUACUUGAAACAUAAUUACUUUUCCAAGUUUGCUGUGAUUUGUUUGUCACCAACCUGGUGAACAGCUAAGACUGGCAUUAUGGGUUUUCAAGCUACAUCAGUUGACAUGCAGGAACAUAUCUAAAUUACUAUUUACAUGAUUAAUGGAACAUUUAACCCAAAGUCUCUGUUGUGAACUCCAGUAGAGUGAUACUGUCACCAGAUAUAGAAACAACAUAAGACGAUUUGUCGGCUUUAUAAUAUGUCUGUAAGAUUUAUACUUGCUACAUGUACGUUACUACAGAUAAGAACAUGGCUGAAGCACACAGAGGGCAACAAGUAUUUAAGGUUUUAGUGCAAGUUGAACAUCUCACACAUGGUUAGAAUCAGUAUAUUCUUCUUUUGGUUCAAAAUACACUGCCUUGUUCAAAUAUUUUCUUGCGUGGUUUGGUUCCAGGUUCUGUACCUGAGAAUAAUUUUGCCGCAAGACGUUGAAUUUACAUUGUAGCCUGUUUUGAUUUGUGUGCAGGUUUUGGUGGUUGUCAUGUAUCCUGCCAGGGGCGUAGCCACCAUUAUGA